AUGUGUUUCAUUGAUUGCAAUUUGGCCUUCGUGUUUGCUGUUGCUCUAUGCUUGUUCGAGAGAAAGCGAGGUCUGCGUCGUAUUUGUGCUCAAACACCAUAUGUGAAUUCGAACGCGCAUGCGUGUGGUGCUGUUGUAUCGUUUACUGUUGCUGCUGCUGCUGAUGUCUUUCAGGGAAAUGAUUUGCUAUCUAUCUAUCUAUCUAUCUAUCUAUCUAUCUAUCUAUCUAUCUUCGAUUCAAAUUUAUUGCUAGAUGUUCUAUCUAUCUAUCUAUGUUUUCAUUAUCUAUUCAUGUCUCUCUCUCUCUCUCUAUCUAUCUCAUCUAUCUAUCUUCUAAAUUUAUAUCUAUCUAGAUGUUCUAUCUAUCUAUCUAUGUUUUCAUUAUCUAUCCAUGUCUCUCUCUCUCUCUCUCUUUUAUCUAUCAUUAUUCAUCAUCUAUCUAUCUAUCUCAGCCUAUUUAUAUCUAUCUCAUUCUGUUCAUUCUAUUUAUCUAUCUAUCUAUCUAUCUAUCUAUCUCUCUCUCUCUCUCUCAUCUAUCCAUGUCUCUCUCUCUCUCUAUCUUGUUUUCUAUCCAUGUCUCUCUCUCUCUCUAUCUAUCUAUCUCUCAGCCCUAUUUAUAUCUCAUCUCAUUCUGUUCGCCAUUAUCUAUCUAUCUAUCUAUCUAUCUAUUCUAUCUAUUGUCUCUCUCUCUCUCUAUCUCUCUCUAUCUCUAUCUCUCUUCUAUCUAUGUUUUUCAUUAUCUAUAUCUAUCCAUCUAUCUAUCUAUCUAUCUAUCUCCAGUCCAUUCAUUCUUUAUCGGUCUCAUUCUGUUCAUAUCUAUCUAUUCCAUCUAUUAUCUAUCUUUCAUUAUCACUGUCCAUUGUUCCCUUCCUCACCACUUUCCCAAAUCUUUGA